AUGAUGAUGACUGGCCGUGUGCUGCUGGUGUGUGCCCUCUGCGUGCUGUGGUGCGGUGCCGGCGGGGUUGAUGCGAGUGAUCUCGAGAACAACGCAGUUGGUGGUUGCAUGGCGUCGGGAGUGUUGGAUGCUAAUGGGUUCCAUAUGCCGAGCGGAUGUGACAAAACUGCGCUGACGCUGCCUUUACGAUCUGUCGUGUCCAUCACUGCCGUUGAAGCUUCGACUGACCCAUUGGUGACUGGUACAGCAGAAAAUAAAUCAGAUUUAGCUCCAACUUCAGGUGCUGAUUUCGGUGGUGCCGGUUCUCCUCCUGGUCGCGGAGGUGAAGGUGGAGGCGGUAGAGACGACGAUGCUGGCGGUCCUGGUGGCGGUGGUGGUGGCUCAAAUGGAGGUUCUAAAGCACGUGUUGGUGGCUCUUUGAAGUCCCCUGCCUCGGAUGUCAAGUCCCCAUCUCCUGUUCUCGGUGAUGGUGGCAGUUCUCCUGGGGCUCCUACAGGAAGUGUAGGUUCUGACGGAAGCAAAGGUCUCAUUUUGGGCUCCUUUUCUUCUGGUGGUCGCAGUCAACCUGAUGCUGGCAGUCCAGGUGGUGAUGCAUCUUUGAGCGCUCCUGUUGCUGGUGGUAAUUCCCCACCCUCCAUCACCGACGAGAGUGAUGCCUUGGAGAAGACCGGCGCUGCGGCAUCCACAAAGGGAGGGAAACCUCAAGAAGCAGGUGAGCAGUCAGAAGCAAAUCGUGCACGGAACGAAUUGCCCAAAUUCGGCACCAGCGGAGUCAACACCCGAAGCACAACAAGACU